UUCUACUUCGAGCAAAACGAUUUCGGGGGACAAGACGAAUCGCAGAAAAUUUCCUCCACUCGUUAAGUAAUAAGCCAAAACCUCCCCAAACCCCAACCCAACAAUUGGGUUUAUUCUAAAUCGAAAUCCAUAAACUAAAUUAAAUUAAAAAAAAGAAAUUCGUGCUUCUCUCGAUUUCCAUGACAAAUAGUUUCAAACCCCGUAAGUUCUCAGUUGACAUGACUUUUAAAUUCGCAGCAACAUUUCUUGGUGAACUUGGUGCAGUGUCCAGCAGGAAAUAUUCCACUUCCACGGACGACGACAACAACGUCAACGACGAAGAUUCCUCCGUCUGCAUAAUAGAGAAUCAAAAUCUAGUCAGCAAUCAUCUAAUUGUGUAGUUUAGUGAAAUUUUAAUAUUUAAUUUAGUUCAAUUAUAUCCAUUUUAUCGCUGCUGCAUUUCGUGUGAUAAUAAUAUGCCCAACAAAAGUGAUUUAGCUAAUUUCGUAGAUAAUUAUUUUCAAGGAGUAAAAUUUAGUUUCGAACCCAAUACAACCUAACAGCAGUCCAACAACAACAGCAUAAUAAUAAUAAUUGGAUAGAAGCUUUCAAGAUUCGUGCGCUUUUAUUGUGCCCGUGCGCUGCUUUUCAGUUUUCUUUUUUCAUUACCACCACCGGAACAACCCCGACACUAUUUUUAAAAAAGUAAGAAACCAAAAUAAAAACAAAAAUGAUUUAUAUUCCUCGUUUGCGAGACGUUCUUAAGAAGCUCGAGACAAGGAGUGAUCUUGCCAGAAGUCUCAUCAAGAGAGCAAGCAUUGUAAAUGUUAUCGAUGGCGAGCGUGAGGGCACUAGCACUGCUAUGACUAUCGUUAAUAAAGACCAAGAGCACGGGGACCUGUCUUCCUCCGAUGAACCCUCCGCCGUCGUACCAACAGCGACGACGACGUCAUCAACUCAAAGUGUGAGUGUGACAUCAGUAUCGGGCUCUCUUGCUUCUCCACUCACAAGAGUCGGCGGCAUCGGCUACGGGUACGGCCCCAGAGCAAGAGCACCACCAGGAACAAACGAAAUCAAACUGCUGAUGUACAACAACAACAGCAACACACAUCACGAGAAACAUCAGCCAAAAACAAUCAGAGCUGCGUUAUUUAAUGCCAGUCUAUUUUCGAGGGCAGCAAGCAACGGUAGUGGAGCUGUGAUAUUAGAAUCGCAAUCAAAUAGUAGAGAUUUACGCGAACAGGACGCCUUGAAUAAGCAACAACAAAAACAACAAAGUCAAACGAAAACGACAGAAGAACAGAUACAGAAUCAAUCAAGUGCAAGUCAGAACAUGUCUGAGGCAAAGGUUAAGGAGGAGGUGGUUGUGAUGACACAACACCAUCAACCAUCCGAGGGUGACGCUACCACAAAACAGCUGGACGAGACAUCGACAGCUGCAGCGUCGACGAAGGUUUCUUGUAAUGGUGCUUCUUGUGGCGAAAAUAGUGGAGAAAUAAAAGAAAAGUCGUGCUUCCAAAGCAGCUUAGCCGACAUAUUGCGCUUUAUGGAACUUGUUGGCAAUUUGAAGCACACAAAACGAACUGGCUGGGUGCUAAGAGAUGUUAACGACUGUGAAUCAAUCUCCGGCCACAUGUACCGCAUGAGUAUGAUGACAUUCCUUCUCGAAGAAAAAGAAGGCCUCAACCGAAUUCGUUGCAUGGAAUUGGCUUUGGUUCAUGAUUUAGCUGAGAGUCUAGUAGGUGAUUUGACUCCAUUCUGCGGAGUUGCUAAAGAAGAUAAAAAAGCCAUGGAAUUAAGUGCAAUGGCAGAUAUAUGUAAACUUGUUGAUCCUCGCGGCAAACGUAUCAUGGAAUUGUUUGAGGAAUAUGAAGAAGGCCAGAGUGCCGAAUCGAAAUUCGUCAAAGAUCUUGAUCGACUAGAUAUGGUUAUGCAAGCAUUCGAAUAUGAAAAACGCGAUAAUUGCCUAAUGAAACAUCAAGAAUUUUUCGACUCAACAGAGGGAAAAUUUCAACAUCCGUUCAUUCAGAAGCUGGUCAAGGAAAUUUGUGAUCAAAGAAAAUCACUUGCCGAGGCGAAUGUUGUUGCUAAAGGCGAACUAAACCUAAAGACUGUCACACCUAAUUGUCCGCCGUGUUUAGAACACAAAAUGGAACAUAAAAAUGAAAGAAGCUGAUGAGAAGAUUAUUUUGCUGCCUUGGGACCUUAAAUUCAUCUUCCUCAUGUGCAUAUUACUGUAUUCACAUAACAUAUAUGCAUGCCCUACUAGCACCCACCUGUUGACUAAGAGAGAGAGGGGAUACAAUUUAAAAUUAUUCACAUAAAUGACACAAUACUAA